AUGGCUGAACUCCUGGUUAUUGAAGAUCCAGCUUCCUGGGUAAAUAUUCACCACCUGGAGUAUACAGAUGGAGGAAUCCUGGACCCAGAUGAUGUGCUGGCAGAUGUUGUGGAAGACAAAGAUAAGCUGAUUGCCGUUUAUGAUGAACAAGAACCUCCCCGUAAGACUGAUGGCACCAAUGGGAAUUUGACGGACAGAAAUAGCCCAGACUCCUUUGAGACGGAGGUAGCAACUCAGCUGGCUGCCUUUCAGCCCAUUGGUGAGAUUGAAGUGACUCCUUCUGCCCUAAAACUGGGCACACCGCUUUUGGUUCGGAGGAGCAGUGAUCCAGCUUUGGGCGCACCUGCUGACUUCCCAAGUGCUUCUCAUCCCACUGACCCUGGUUUAAAGCAUGUUGUGGCAGCUGCUUCCCAGGCAUCCUUUCAGGAUGGGGAGGUGAACCUCACUGGACCCACAGAACUGCUGUUGGCUCAGAGGGCCCGGCUCCCUGGCAGUGAAAUGACAAAAACAGUGGAGAUUUCUGGGGAAGGUGGACCCUUGGGAAUACAUGUAGUGCCCUUUUUUUCAUCCUUGAGUGGAAGGAUGCUGGGGCUCUUCAUCCGUGGUAUUGAAGAAAACAGCAGAUCUAGGCGUGAUGGUCUUUUCCAUGAAAAUGAAUGCAUUGUGAAGAUAAACCACGUGGACCUUACAGAUAAAACCUUUGCACAGGCUCAGGACAUCUUCCGUCAGGCAAUGAAAUUUCAAAGUGUCAUCUUGGAAGUCCUUCCUCCAUAUAACCGAGAACAGUAUGAGAAGUCUGCUAUUGCUCCUCUUUGUAUGCUGAAUAAUGAAGAAGGAGUUACAAAAACAAAAAUUCCGCCUCCUCUUCAUCCAAAACCUGCUGUGAAAACAAUUAAUAUUUCUGGAGCAAGCUUGGAGUCAGGUGUACAGGGAACAUUGCAACAAGCUAAGAGCCCCAACCUCCCACGUCUGGGUAGAAAGCCUUCUUCUCCUUCACUGUCUCCACUUAUGGGCUUUGGCAGUAAGAGAAAUGCAAAGAAAAUAAAGAUAGACCUGAAGAAAGGUCCAGAAGGACUUGGUUUCACAGUGGUUACGAGAGACUCUUCAGUACAUGGUCCUGGGCCAAUCUUUGUGAAGAAUAUUUUACCAAAAGGUGCAGCAGUAAAAGAUGGUCGUUUGCAGUCAGGAGACAGAAUCCUGGAGGUGAAUGGACGGGACAUCACUGGCAGGACCCAGGAAGAGCUCGUGGCUAUGCUGAGGAGCACAAAGCAAGGAGAGACUGUCUGUCUGAUUGUGGCUCGUCAGGAGGAGGCCUUUUUACCUCGAGAGCUGAAAGGAGAGCCAAACUGCAGUUUUUUUUCUCCAGAAACCACAGAGCAGCUGACCUUUGAGAUUCCUCUGAAUGAUUCUGGCUCUGCUGGACUUGGUGUGAGCUUGAAAGGCAACAAAUCUCGGGAGACAGGAGCUGAUCUUGGGAUUUUCAUCAAAUCUGUUAUUCAUGGAGGUGCUGCUUUUAAGGACGGUCGCUUGCGAGUGAACGACCAGCUGGUGGCGGUGAACGGGGAGUCGCUGCUGGGCAAGUCCAACCACGAGGCCAUGGAAACCCUCCGGCGCUCCAUGUCCAUGGAGGGCAACAUCCGCGGCAGGAUCCAGCUGGUGGUGCUCCGCAGGCUGGAGCUGCACGCAGAGGAACGCUCAGACCAGGGAGUCUUUCAAAAAUCAGCCCUUGACAGGAGUCAUAACUUCGCAGCUGCUUCCCGACGCAGUGACACCAUUCUCCAGCAAUUUAUAACGUGCAGUCCUCAGGAAGGAAUAAAAGAGUUUCAAGUUUCUGAUCAUGGCAGUGGUGAAAACGAAACUCCUCCACCUCUCCCACCACAUCCUAGUGAGGAUCUUCUGAAUGAGGAUUAUAAUCACAGCCCUAUCAUAAAUUCAGCAGUGCAUUUAACAGAUCAGCACAUCAACUUCAGAUCUUUGACACCAGCCAAGCCGUCUGAAUCAAUUAAUCUGAAAGCCUCAAAAAGCAUGGAUCUGGAGCUGCAGCUGGUCUUCAAAGUGGCAGAUGAAAGCAAAGUUGGUUUGUUGGCCGGACACAAAUCGGAUUCUUCUGGCAAAGAUUUUGGUCCUACUCUGGGAUUAAAGAAGUCCAGUUCUCUUGAGAGUCUUCAGACUGCUGUGGCUGAAGUAAGGAAGAAUGAACUCCCUUUUCACAGACCCAGGCCCCACGUGGUGCGGGGUCGGGGAUGCAAUGAGAGCUUCCGAGCUGCCAUUGACAAGUCUUACGAUGGCCCUGAGGAUGAAGAGGAUGGUGGCUCUGAUAAGAGCUCUCACUGUGGUCAAGAAGCUCAAAAUGUGGAAUCUGCCCCUCCAGGGAGCCCGGAAAUAGAAGAUGCAGAAAUCAAACAGAAAAAAGACAAAAAAAGUAGGGAGAAAGAGAAGAAAAAGGGCAAAUCUAAAAUCAAAGAGAAGAAAAAGAAGGAAGAAAAUGAAGAUCCAGAAAAGAGAAAGAAGAAAGGCUUUGGUGUCAUGUUGAGAUUUGGAAAGAAAAAAGAAGAUAAAAGUGGGAAGGCAGAUCAGAAGGAGACUCCAAAGCAAGGCAUGCUCAAAGAGGAGGAGCUGGAGAAAAUGAAAGAUGAGCGUGAAAGGAUCAGUGCAAAGCAUCAGGAGUUACGUCAAAAGCAGCUGAGAGGCCUGAGUGAUUAUUCUACUGGUCCUGGAGGACCUGACAUUGAUGAUGAUGAGGUGGAUCCAAACUAUGCCAGAGUGAACCAUUUCCGAGAGGCUUAUCCCCCAGCAGGCAUCUACAGACCCUCAUCACCAGCAGUAGGAGAAACCUUUGUUUAUCUGCGGGAUUCUUCCUCAGCACCGAUGGAGAGGGAGCACUUGGAAGGACUGUAUGCAAAAAUAAACAAGCAGCACUACCCACAGACUUCUGGUGACAGUGGCUGCGCAGGUGGUGGGAACGCUGAUCGGAUCCAGCGGCUGCGGAAGGAGUACCACCAGGCCAGGAGGGAGGGCUUGCCCUUCUACGAGGACGACGAGGGAAGGACACAGCUCUCUGACUACAACCAGUGCUGGGUGCCUGGAAAAGGUCCAGAUGGGAGCUCCUACAGUCUUCACUUCGAGGGGGUGGAAAGGCAGUAUGCAUCCUUACCCAGGCGUGGACCUGCAGAGCCACUAGAAUAUUUAACAGGGCCACGAGUAACGUACAAAGAGAGAGAUCUUCCCUACUACCACGGAGGACAGCCUGUUGUCCACCCAUCCAAGGGGAACUACAUCCGUGCUCCGGACACAAGAGUGGCAGAGCUGAGGUACCCUCCGUACUACCCAGCCCAGCCCAUCCCAAACCAGCACAAAGGGCCCCUCCGGCAGGACGUGCCGCCUUCCCCUCCGCAGCCCCACCGAGCACCAGCCUACAGUGAGAUUGUCCGGCACCGUGGGACCAGUCCAGACCAGUACCAGUACAGGCAGCAGGACCCCAGGCAGAAGAACCCCAUGACUGCAGCUGUAUAGCCGUGCACUGGGCUCCUGGCACCGCCCGGGAGGAGCCCCAUGGACAUCAUCCUGGUAGAGUUGUUCCCAAGCGUAGCUGCCUGUGGGAAUGGCACACGAGACCUGGAGUCGUUCUUACUGAGCUGGGCUCAGCGUAGGUGCUUUCUAACAGGCGAGCUAAAGCCACGUAAGGUACGAUGUGUUUUGAGUAUGUGAGGUACCAGACAGUUGAGUGUUUUUUAAUUCCUUUUAAAAAUAGAAAGUGGCUGCUGGAAAUGAAACACAACACUUAAUACACCUCAGGGCUAUUUACUGAAUCCAGUUACACCUUUGCAGUACAUAGCUGUCUGUGGAAGGGCAGCAGAGUCACCAGAGUUUACUUCAGAGUGCUGCUGCAGAGCCUUUUAAGUGAGAACACAGCAUGCAGUACAGACUUCUUGCAGAGCUGGGCAUCUUGCUUAUCUAGUGUGUGAUCAUGACAAGAGACUGCCACAGAGAGAGUGGCCACAUUCCAGGCACGUCCUGACCAGCAGCUCUGCUUUAAGGAUGCUGCAGUUCCAGAUUUGUGAUCUGGCCUCUGUCUUCUGCUGUCUUUUUGGUGGUGGCAGCAUUUCCCUUGUAGCCUUCACUUUUUGAAGUUUUUGUAUCAAGAGCCUUCUCUUAUUGCACCUGCUGCAAUUGGAGUAGGGCAAAAAGCCUUAUCCCCUGUGCUUGGGCAAGCUCACAGAGGACAGGCAGACACCUGAGAACCAUGUCUUUGGGGGGGAGUGUGUGCUUGUUGGUUAGUUAUACAGUGUGCAGUCUUUAAAUGUAAACCCUGGAGACCAGAUCCUCAGCUGCUGUCAGAAGUGUCGCUGGAGGGGUUUCAGUGGAGCUGGCCUAUGAGGAAGUGACCAGGGGGGUGACUAUGGGCAUGGCCUCCAUAAUUCACAUUAAGUUCCUGUGUCAGGUGCUGCCUUGGCUCCAUCAGGGCAGCCCGUUCCUGGCCUGCUGCAGGCAGUGUUGGACCCCAGUGCUGCCAACAGUGUGCCUGCCCUGGCCAGCCCAACACCACCAGAAGGCACCUGCUCGUGGGGGUCACCCUCAGUCCACCAGUCAGCCUUGGGCAGCACUGGGCCCUGCCAUGCCAAGUGCCAAACUACUCGAGUUCUUGCAGCCAGGGGCCAUCAGGUCACUGGGGAAAGGGGCUUUUCACAGCAAGGGUGAGGGAAAAGACAAGGAAAGUAGCAGGAAGGGCUUCAAGACCCUGGGGCCCAGGAGGAAGAUGUGAGACUAGCUGUAGCAAGAUAUUUGCAGCAGUGCAUAGGAAGAGAGAAAGUGUGGGUGGGGAGGGGGUGUCAGCAGUGCAGCAGAGCCAUGGUGGGGGGACAAGGUGGUAGGGUACAUGCCCAAUUCUUUGCCCCAAACAGCCUGAGUUUGCUCUGCAGCCAGAAAUGUGUGUCUCCAGCCACAGAGACCUGCCUGAUCUGACCCACAAGGGCUCUGAGUGCUUAGAGAGCUGUCUCAAGGAUUUUGUCACGAGGAAACCACACAGUAUUGAGACCUAGAAAUAUGUUAUUUCCAAGUGUCCUUAAUUCCUUGACUCUGCCUUCUGGGAGUUUCACUAAACCAUUAGGCCUCCUUUUUCACGGGAAAAAGCCACAGAUUAAGCAUAAGGAUUUCUUUGAUACCAUUUUGACAUCUUUGGUAUGCAGCUUACUAAAUCACGUAGAUCACUUCCCAGGUGUUCAAUGCCACCAGGAAGGUUUGUCCUGCUAGGAGUGUGUCCUGCUGGCAGGUAAUGGCCCUGAUGAGAAGCAGCAUUUAAUCCCAGCCUACUUUCUUCUCUGCUGAUGGUGCUGGUUAGAGCCUGGCAUAACCCUCAGGCACAGGGAGCACUUGCAGCUGCCUGAGUGGCUGGCAGGCUCUAGUGCUUGCAUUCCCACCAGCCUCCACCCACCAGCAGGCUGGGAAGCAGGGGAGAGGAGACAGCUUUCCAUGGCAGGGGAGCACCUCCAUGAUUCAGACAGAGGGCUGGACUCCCUGGGGCAGGGGCAGGGACAGCUCUAAAUCCAGUCAGGAGGAAGCAUUGGUGGGAGGGAGAGAGGAAGAAGAAUGCAACUGAUUAUGAAGCAAGAGUGUUUGGUUCUUGUUCCAUUUCUUUCUGCCCUCUUCCCUAGUAAUGUAGGAGGGAAAAACCUCUGGAGGGAGUGUUGGGUGUAAAGCUGGAUGUCUCUCAGUACCCUCCAUAAAUAAGGCACAUGCCCCAGGGAAACUGUGCCUGUCACGUACGUGCUCUGCACAGCUUUGUGCUUCUCUCAGAAAACUUUAGAUGCUGUAGGAUACUCAGCCAGGGCUUGGCAGCCACAGAAUAGCCACUGGUGUUAUAAAGGCCUGUUGAAAGUGAGGCAAAAACAAAUUAAAAUACUUUCCUUUCCCUCCUUGAAAUAUAACCCCUGAUACAUUUGAUCCAGCUGUAAAGAAACGAAUGUUUGCGACAGUGGCUUUAUCAAGCCAGGCCACAAUUAAGAACAGCUCUGAAUAUAAGCUACUGCCUUUGUAAAUCACUCUCAACUAACCCUUCAAAUGGCAUCACAGCACAGUGAACAGAACUUAUUUACAGUAUUUCAUGAGCCAGGGCCAAAUAAAAUCUGGAUAGAAACAGCUCCUACAUUAUUUAUAGCCUUUGAGGGACCUGCCCAAUGUCUCCUCAUAACCUGAAUCUUUCCUUAAGAGCUCCCCUUGACUGCAUCAGCUCCACUCAGUUGAGGCAGACAGAUCAAACAACCACCUUCUGAGCUGUUAAUCUUACCUUACCCAACAGGUUAUUAAAUGAUGCUUCUGCUCAGUAAGCAGAAAUCAGUUGAGAGCUCCUUCCAAUCAGGGGAAAAAAAAAAAAAAAAAAGUGCUAUAAG